CAAAAAGUUCACAUUCACAACAAGAUCAGAUACUUGUCUAGCUGUGCCCUUCAUCUGGCCCGCGCUAUAUCACUCAAAAAGGACUUCAAAACGCCAUGACAGCAAACGGAGCACGACACGAACUAAGGGAAGGCUCAGACGAACGCAUAUUCUUGAGAGAAGUUUGGGGUAAUGCUGGAAACUUUGACAAAGAGGUUCGCUGUAACUUGCCUCGCAACGAUACAUUUUCGCGUCCUCGCACUCGCAGGGUGGACCGUGAUAACCACUACACCAUUGCCCUCGUGGAUGUAUCCCACAGCCUUGUAAAAAGCAGGACUGCCGGAGGUAUGCUCAGUGCUAUUGCAGACGCGUUGAAGGGUCAUCACGGCCUCUAUCAACAUGCGCACAUCCUUCACGGCUAUAUCAACGUUGACACUAUCUCAAUAUUCGAAGGCACACCACCGCGAGGGGCUUUGAAAGACUGGGACAUGCCUCUUUCAAAACUUUUGAUUGAUACUACGCUUGAAAAUAUGGAACAAUUGGCUACCGGAGCUAAUGGAUCGGAGCCUGAUCGUGAAGAUGUGAUGCAACAUAUCAAUGCAGCUUUGGCGACAAAAAACGAAGAAAGCCUGUCGCUUCUGAGAGAACGAGGAAUUUCGACCAAGGACGAGGAUAUCGAUAGGGGUGAACAGCUUAGAAGGUCUUUACCACAAAAGUAGGGGAAGUUCGCGAUUUCAAGAAGUCCAAAUGGGGUUGCCGCCCAGAGCUUUAAGAUGCUUUAAGAUUACAGUUAUACCGUUGUAGGCUUGAUACCCAAACAAACCUCCGUUGUGGAAGCAACUCUCACCCUGCUGCCGC